AUGGGAAGUAGUUCAUCCACCCAGCACCACUUUGCGUUUCAGAACGCUGAGAAAGCCUUCAAGGCCUUGAUCCAGCGAUGGUACCGGCGCUACAUGGCCCGCCUGGAGAUGAGGUGGCGAUGUACCUGGAACAUCUUCCAGUCUAUAGAGUAUGCUGGACAGCAAGAUCAGGUCAAGCUCCAUGAAUUCUUCAGCUGCCUUGUGGACCACUUUACUCCCAGUAGCCUCCACGAGAGAGACUUCCUGAACCGCAUGUUCACUGAGGAGAGAUUCGCCCAGGAUGUGGAGACAGAGGAGGGUGGAUAUUUUGAAUCCAUAGAGGUGUCCGACAGCUACACAGGGCCAUGUCUCUCCUUCCCACUUCUUCCUGACCACGCCACUGCCCUGGUGGAAGCUUUCAGGCUGAGACAAUUCCAUGAAGCCACGAUUUAUAAUGCUGUCAACAGCUCAAGCUGGACAAGGAUCACCAUCCAGCUGCCGGACCACGUCUCCUCAAGGUGUGUUGUCUUCAGAGGUAACGACUGCUCUGUCUUCAGUCACGAGCUUCCUAGUUACAUUAAAGAUAAUUUUGAAUCAGCAAGAGUCACUGAAGCCAACUGGGAAACAAUUCAGGGUGGUGUCAUCGGAAGUAGCUGUGGGCAGCUGGUGCCCUAUGCCCAGGAAGACUCACUUUACUUUAAUGGUUGUCAGAUAAGGCAAGCUGCCACCAAGCCACUAGAUCUCCCUCGAGCAAGGAAAAUUAUCUUUGUCUUGCAAAUUGGGAGCACAGCACAGACAGACAGUUGCAACAGUGACCUCAGCGGCCCCCACACCGUAGACAAAGCAGUGCUGCUGCAGUACAGCGUGAACAAUGGCAUAACCUAACACGUCAUAGCUCAUCACCAGCUGAAGGACUUUACACAAGCUCAGCGGGUGUCUUACAACGUCCCCCUAGAAGCAUGGAUGAAAGGGGUUUCACUGCACUGGUGGCAACCAUGCCACAACAGAACAGGCCAUGAUCAACGGGCUCUGGACCAUGUGGAGGAUGUCCUCACUCGCAAACAAAAUUACACGAUGCAUUUUUCACGACAACAUGGGCUCAGGCACUUCUACAACAGAGGAUGAAGGUCGCUUAGGCGAUGCCCAUGA